AUGCUCAAUGUGGCAUUCUUACCUUUGCUUGUUCCAUUCUCUAUCACAGCAUCGAUCGUCCGGGGCAUGACACUUGGUCCCCGAGUAGAAAUUUUCACUCAGCUAUCCUGCAAUGCUAUCUAUGGCCGCGACGUCUACGAUCACACGUCGAACGGCAAUAUCACACUCCUUACCUCUAACUAUUCUUAUAAUCCCGUACUUAUGGAGCCUUCAAGCUCGUAUCUCGAUAGAGCACUUAUAGACACAUCUGGGGCAGUCUACAGUCCUGCGGUAACAUUCAUGAUGCAAAGUUCCGCAGAUACCGGUGACGAUGAUGAUGAACCUGAUCCCCGCGCAAUCCCAUCAAAACGGUGUCUACAAGAUUCUGCUGUUCAAUCUGGGGCCGCUCGCUUGCAAACAAUCAUGACUUUCACAAUGGGUGUUUUAUCUGCGCUGACAACUGGCUGGUGGGGUCACUUCGGUGAGAUUCACGGUCGCACACGAGUGCUGGCUGCUGCUACCAUGGGCUUGUUCCUCACUGAUCUUACGUUUAUCCUUGUAUCAACACCGCAUAGCAUCUUCGCAACGCAUGGCCACAAGUUGCUGAUUCUCUCUCCGAUGAUUGAAGGCAUGCUGGGUGGAUGGCAGACACUCCAAGCUGCAAUAAACGCAUAUGUGUCGGACUGCACUUCUGAUGGAUCCCGAGCACAAAUCUUUUCGCGAUUCACGGGCGUCUCGUUCCUCGGACUAUCCGUUGGGCCUGCUAUUGGCGCGUUCCUCAUCCGACAUCCAAUUUUUUCGGUUCCGGCGAGCCCAAAUAUCCACGGCCAGCCACAGACUGUGACAUCCGUAUUUUAUUUGAGCGCCAUGGGCUCGUUUGUCAAUGUCCUGUUAGCGUUGUUCGUGUUCCCUGAGCCACCAAAGAAAUCCAAAAUGAUCCAGGAGCCAACGAAUGUGCCCGAUGCAGGGGUGUCUGGCGCGAGCACGAGCGAGAAGCAUGGGUUUUUGGCUGGAUUUCUGGGCCCGUUCGCGCUCCUUGCACCUAGGAGGAUUCAGGUUGCGGGUGGUAAAACGAGGAAGGAUUGGAGAUUGACUUUGAUGGCGCUUGCCCUCCUUGUGUAUGCCCUGUCAACGGGAAUCUUCCAGAUCAAGUAUCUCUACGCCGAGCAUGUCUAUGGCUGGGGAGCAGAGCAACUGAGUUACUAUAUCUCGGCUAUGGGAGCGGCACGGACAACAUAUCUGUUGGUGCUUAUGCCCAUGAUCAUAUAUGCGUUCAAGCCAAGAUUGCCGUCUGCACCCUCCGCUGCUCCAGUCGCUCCUGGGAAAAAGCCUCCCCAGACACCCGCUCAGAUCGCUGCAGGGAUGAGGUUUGACUAUGCACUUCUGCGUACAUCUCUCGCAGUCGAUCUACUUUCGCAUAUCCUCGUCUCGCUCUCUCCGCCCGACUCGAGUGCGGCAAUGUUCACAGCGGCGACUUCGCUCAGCAGCUUUGGCGCCGGGUUCGACCCUACGCUGCACAGUUUAGCGCUGUGCAUCAUGCAGACCAGUGGCGAAGAUAACCGCGGGAAGCUCUUUGGCCUGUUCGCAAUGCUCCGGACGGUUGGCCAGCUGAUUCUUGGCCCACUCCUGUUCGGAAUCCUGUACAGCACCACCGUCGCCCAGUACCCGAAGGCGAUCUUCGUUGCCGCUGGGUGCUUUGCGUUCCUCGCCAUGAUCUUCAUUAGCCUGGUUCGCCCCGAUGCUGGCACGAAGACGAAGCGCCGCCCUCGCCGCCUCGAAGACGCUGAACCUGAGCGCGGCCGCUCACGGGCCACCAAGGAUAUCAGGCAAUCUAGCGCGAAGCACAGUGUGCAGAUAGUCGUAGUCCCCGUCGACGACGCCCCCUCUACCUCUACCACAGAUUCCGCAAUUGGGUCGCAGUGA